AUGCCCCGGCAGCAAAUCCUCAGGGCCGGUGCCCUCGGGCGUCGUGCCCCGCCGUCGACGACAACAACCUCCGCCGUUACCCGCAGCUUCACCACCUCGGGCCCCCAACUCGCCGAAGAAGACAACAACAACAAGCCCACCCGUUCAAUCUCCGCCGCAACAAGACUCACCAAGAUCUCGACCGGCGCCGCCGUCAAACGCCCCCUCGACAUCCGCACCCUCCGCGCCAACAACACCGGCCCCAGCGCCAGCCCUUUUGGGAAAGCCCCCUCUGCUAGUGGUGCUCCAACCGGGGCAAAAAUUCUCAGUAUCAAAUCCCUUCGUCUAGCUGCCCGGUACACUCCCGGUGGUGGAGCCGGGACUGUAGGACCGAGACCAAGCACUGGGUUUCGCUCCAACCAACAACAACAACAACAAACUGGAUUCCGUCGUGCUGGUCCCGGUGCGGGGGGGAGACAGCCAGGCAGUCGAUCUGCCCGUCUAGGCGGGAAGUUUACCCGUGGUGCUGGUGGUAAGGGAGGAAACAAGCAAGCCAGGAAAGAAAAGCCCAAGGAGGCCAACGAAGGAAAGAUGGUUCUUUCCGAGGCGGAAAAGGCGGUUGUGGAUCGGUACGAAAAAGGAGAAGUCGUGCCGUUUGUUCCUAAGCUGAGGAGAAAGGAUCUGAGCGGUUACGGCGGUGGGCUUGCUACCUCUGCGCAGUGGGGGAAGGUGCAGAGUGUGAUUCAGACUAUGAGGCUUAUGGGCGGGGGCCAGGCGUUCAACAGGGAUAGUGGGGUUACGAUGGAUAUCACUGCGGUUAGGAAGAGGGCGUUCAAGGAGGGGAAGCCGAUUUUUUUCAACAGUCAGGGGGAGAGGGAUUGGUUGGAAAAGGGGGAGAGGUUUUUUCCUGGACGGGCCCCGCUGAAGGCGAGGGAGGCGGUGUUAGAUUUGGCUGUGUUGGGCAAGUACAAGGAGGUGGGGUAUAAGGAGUUGGGGGAUGUGAAGGGGUUGAUUGAGAACUACACGGCGAGGACGUGGAGUUAUAGGGGGGAGGAUCAGAGGAGGUUUUUGGACAAGGUGAUGAGUUUGUUGCCUACUGAGGCGGCUAAGGGAAGGGGGGGUGCCCAGAAGAGGGCUUAA